AUAUUAUUUCUUUUGGCAAGAGCUAAAGCCCUAGGGCAGAUUUCUAGGGUUUCUUGCUUCUUUGGGCGCCAUGAGCAAGAGCUUGGGGAUUCCAGUGAAGCUCCUCCACGAGGCGGAAGGUCACGUCGUCACGGUGGAGCUCAAGAGCGGCGAGCUCUACAGGGGUACGCUGAUCGAGUGCGAGGAUAACUGGAACUGCCAGCUCGAGAAUAUCACUUACACUGCCAAGGAUGGGAAGGUUUCGCAGCUCGAGCAUGUCUUCGUUCGCGGCAGCAAAGUCAGGUUCAUGAUCAUUCCUGACAUGUUGAAAAACGCUCCGAUGUUCAAACGAUUGGAAGCUAAGAUCAAGGGGAAGGGCUCUGCUGGAAUUGGAGUUGGAAGAGGACGAGCGGUAUCCAUGCGGGCAAAGGCAAGAGCUGCUGGUCGAGGCGUGCCGCAGCCAGUCCCUGGUGGCCGAGCCAUGCCCGUGAGGAGAUAGAAAGCCUUCCCUUUGUGUUUAAGUUCUCCACCUUGCUGCCAAACUCCCAACGCUUGUAGCUGGACGCACCUUGUGAGAAUUUUUGGUAUGCUAUUAGAUCCUUAAUGGUUUUAGUUUCUAUGUAUGGAGCAGGAUCCAAUAUUUGUACGCAAUCCGCCCUUGGUGGUUUUUUGUUUUCCAGAAACCAUAGAUACUUCACAUAGGUGAUACGCUCUUCUCUUUCGAUUUUUCUCCUAGGCCAGUUUAAUCGCUGUAAGAAGAUCUGGAGCAGGACAAAUUGUCCAUCACCAUUUUAAUUCUUCUGGCCAGCGCGUUUUCAGCUGAAGCGAUA